GUGUACUCCACCAUACAGUUGCGUACUCCGGCUGCAACUCCCCUGCAUGCAACAUGGACACUACGAGCAGCGGCCAGCCACGGAGGAACUGAGCACGCCUCGGCACUGGCGGUGAGACGCUAUCAGCCACACCGGGGCAGGGAUGCGGUGCCGUCCAGCAGACUCACAUUGGUAGGCAGCGAGUCAUUUGUCAGCGAUGUCAAAGAGUCUGAAGAAGAAGAACCACUGGACUAACAAAGUCCACGAAGCGGUGCUCACCAGGAAUAAGGAGGGCGAGCUUGGGUUCGAGUUGAAAGGGGGCGCAGAGAAUGGCAAUUUCCCUUAUUUCGGGGAGGUGAAGCAGGGCAAGGUGGCUGUACAGAGCGGCAAGCUGUCCCAGGAUGAGCUGCUCUUGGAGGUCAACGAUACGCCGGUGGCAGGGCUCACCAUCAGGGAUGUGCUGGCCGUGAUAAAGCACUGCAAAGACCCUUUCCGGCUGAAGUGCGUAAAGCAAGGAGGUGUUGUGGAUAAAGAUCUCCGGCAUUAUCUCAACCUACGGUUCCAGAAGGGUUCAGUGGACCACGAGCUUCAGCAGAUCAUACGUGACAACCUCUACCUCCGGACUGUUCCAUGCACAACGAGACAGCCCAAAGAGGGGGAAGUCCCAGGUGUGGACUACAGCUUUGUGAGUGUUGAGCGGUUUAUGGAAUUAGAGAAAAGUGGGGCCUUGUUAGAAAGUGGAACUUAUGAAGAUAACUUCUAUGGCACGCCAAAGCCUCCAGCAGAACCCACGCCGAUGCUGUUUAAUGUGACGGACCAACUCUUGCCCGGCGCCCGACCCAGUGCAGAGGGAAAAAGGAAGAGGAACAAGUCCGUCAGUAACAUGGAAAAGGACAGCAUUGAGCCACCAGAAGAAGAGGAGGAAGAGAGUCCUGUUGUCAAUGGCAACGGCAUCGCCAUUACACCAGAAUCGAGCGAACAUGAAGACAAGAGUACGGAUGCUUCUGGGGACGUACCAACCCAGUCAUGUCCACCCGAAACCCCCACCCUCACCGCCACAGAUGCCCCAGAGGAGGAAGAAGUGGUACCCAAGUCCCCACAAGACUCCCAGGAGAACGAUGAACUGGGACCCUUGCCAGACAACUGGGAGAUGGCCUACACUGAGAAGGGAGAAGUUUACUUUAUAGAUCACAAUACCAAAACAACAUCAUGGCUUGACCCUCGACUAGCGAAGAAAGCCAAGCCACCAGAGGAAUGUGAGGAAGAUGAACUUCCAUAUGGCUGGGAGAAAAUAGACGACCCUAUUUACGGCAGUUACUAUGUUGACCACAUUAACAGAAGGACACAGUUUGAGAACCCCGUCCUAGAGGCCAAGAGAAGACUCCAACAGCAACAGCAAAUGCAGAGCCAAGGUCUAUCAGCGCUGCCAUUGCCCACCAUAUACAGAGAAAAGCCUCCAUUUACACGAGAUGCCACACAGCUCAAAGGGACGUUCCUCACCACGGCACUGCAGAAGAGCAACAUGGGAUUUGGCUUUACCAUCAUUGGUGGGGAUGAACCAGAUGAGUUUCUGCAAGUGAAGAGUGUCAUACCUGAUGGACCUGCUGCACAGGAUGGGAAGAUGGACACAGGUGAUGUUAUCGUCUACAUCAAUGACAUCUGUGUCUUGGGCACCACCCAUUCUGAUGUGGUGAAGCUCUUUCAGUCCGUCCCCAUUGGUCAGAGCGUCACCUUGGUGCUGUGCCGAGGUUACCCCCUCCCCUAUGACCCCGAAGACCCCUCUGCUAGUUCCUCCAUGCCCCCUUUGGGCCUAGUGGAUCAUCCAUUGCUGCUCAAUGGACGGAACAACUACGAAAAUUACAUGGAGUACAUGUCUUUGACUGGCCGCUUAGUUCCUGAGCUUAGCGAGGGCCUCACUCCGCAUCCCCAUCCUGGAGACACUCAUUUGGACGGCUCACAGCCUACAUCCCUGACCACGCCAGGACCACCACCUGAUGACAGCGUCUCCAUGGCUUCAUCUUCAGGAGCGACGUCCGGAGCCCAAGUGGCCCCCGAACUUCUGAGUCUCACUAUAACUAAAGGUGCAGAGGGGUUCGGGUUCACCAUAGCAGACAGUCCCACAGGGCAGCGGGUCAAACAGGUUCUGGAGCCACAGGGUUGUCCGGGUUUAUGUGAAGGAGAUCUGAUGGUUGAAAUUAAUCAAAAAGGUCUUCAGGGACUCAACCAUACACAGGUGGUGCAGCUGCUCAAGGACUGUCCAGUGGGAACAGAGGCUACCCUUGUCAUUCAGAGAGGAGGAACAGCAGGCCUCUUCACGCCUUGGGAUCCCACAAAACAGUGGGACUCUCAAGGAAGCCCACAGACCAGUUUGUCGACCACUUUGCUCCCCCAUGGCGUUCCACAUCAUGGCCAGAUGCUGCAUCGCUCCUCUGUUCCAGACACAGAGAGCUUUCACUUGGGUAAACCUGACCCCUAUGACCUCUAUGAGAAGUCACGUGCCAUUUAUGAAAGCAGGCAGCCAGUUCCACCUCGGUCAGUGACGGACUCUACAGGUGUGGAGUACCAGGAAGUAGAGGUUCAUCUCCUGCGAGAGAAGACCGGCUUUGGCUUCAGGAUCCUGGGUGGAGAUGAGGCGGUGCAGGCAAUUGUAAUUGGAGCAAUCAUUGAGAACAGUCCUGCGGAGCGGGAUGGCAGGCUGCGUCCGGGAGAUGAGCUGGUCUCGGUUGACAGGAUGCCUGUGGCGGGGAGACCACACCGCUACGUCAUCGACCUCAUGCACGCAGCUGCACGUAACGGACAGGUCACCCUGACCGUCAGGAGAAGAGUUCUGCCGCAGCAGGGCCAGCCAUGCGAGGAGAACGGUGCAGUGGCAAAUCAGAACAGCUCUCCCCGGGGCCAUGCAGUGUGCCCAGUCAACUUACCUCCCACAACUGAUGUAGUUAUCCACCGCAAGGAAAGCGAAGGCUUCGGUUUUGUCAUCAUCAGCUCCCUCAACCGACCAGAGACCACAACCACUAUAACUGUGCCACAUAAAAUCGGUCGCAUCAUCGAGGGCAGUCCAGCCGAUCGCUGUGGAAAACUGAAAGUUGGUGACCGUAUUAUGGCCGUCAACUGUCAGUCUAUUAUCAACAUGCCUCACGCUGACAUCGUCAAGCUCAUCAAAGACGCUGGACUUACUGUCACCUUGCACAUCAUACCAGAGGAAGAUGUAAACGGUGCUCAUUCCGCCCCUACGUCAGAGAAGCAGAGCCCUAUGGUGGCCCAGAAGCACAGUCCCCAGACUCAGUCCAGCCCAGCAGCCCAGCAGAGCCCCGCCUUGGUUCACCCCAGCCCACCAGCGCCCCACCCCAGCCCAGCCACCACGCAGCCCAGCCCCCUGCUGAUGGAGCCAGGCCCUGGAGCGCCACACAGCAGCCCACCAGUGAAUCUAACCAGCCUCCCUGUGAGUCAGCCCGGCUUAGAGGCCAUGCAUUCGGGCUCAGUGGUGACUCAGGCCGCUCCUGUGGUAGAUCCAGGCAUGCCAGGGGUCCAACCCACCUCCAUCGGAUCAGUGCCAGUACCACCACAGCUGUACUUACAUGACACUAGGUCGGAGGUAAAAGCCAGACAGGAUGUUAAACCCGAUAUGUGCCAGGCUGCAUACACGGACUACAGACAGCCUCCGGUGGACUACAGACAUCCCCCUGUAGCAGACUACAGACAGCCACCGACCAUGGAGUACAGACAUCCACCUGCUCUUAUAGACUACAGACAACACUCCAUUGCAGAUUACCGACCACAGGACUAUGACUAUUUCACUGUGGAACUGGAGAAGAGUGUGAAGGGAUUUGGGUUUAGUAUUCGUGGAGGACGGGAAUAUAAGAUGGACCUGUUUGUGCUGAGACUGGCUGAGGAUGGGCCUGCCAUCCGCAACGGCAGAAUGAGGGUUGGAGAUCAGAUUAUUGAAAUUAACGGUGAGAGUACAAGAGACAUGAGUCACGCUCGUGCCAUCGAACUCAUCAAAGCCGGUGGUCGACGGGUACGCCUGCUGUUGAAAAGAGGCACGGGACAGGUGCCGGAAUAUGGAAUGGUACCUACCAACCUUUCUAUGUGCAUGAAAAGCGAAACUCUAGCCUCACCCUAUUUCUUCAUAAUGGGACACUCUAAAGACACGUAGACAGUGCCACCUCCCGGAGUGCUGUCUCUCCAGCCACCCCUGCCUUGUCGGAAGUAGUCUCACCCCACUAGCGUGACACUUACACUUCGCCCGUCAUCUCAUCCAGCCUCAAACCCUGGACUUGCCUCACUGACUUCUUUUGGUGGCAUUGUGUGACAGUCUGGACCAAUCACAGCACCCCUCGGUGGUCAUUCUAGCCCAGAUGCCAACAGUUUUGUGGGAUUUGGCCAACAGAAACAGAAACCAAGGGUGGCAGGUCCACCUGUAAGAGCUGUGCUUUGAAGAGGCGUCUUAACGAAGAAAGAGGAGAAGGAUCGGGAACAUUUAAUAAAAGUGGACAGUUUACGAACAGUUGCAGACAUAUCAUCCUAAAAAGGAUUGUUGCGUCCCACUUGCUCAUCAUGAAAUCACUGAUCCGAGUUUUUUGCAGAUGAUCCGGUAACCAUCCCAGAUGAACGGCAGCCAAAGUAGCGUGGCUCACCCUCUUGCCGUUUGAUUCUGAAUCCAAAACGUAUCACAGAGGAACGGCCCGAACUGUUUAAGCCUACUUCUUCUGCCCAGUGGACCCAAGCUGUCUUUAUUUGUUUAUCAUGUAGAGGUUGUUUAUUUUUUGUAUAAUUUCAAAUUGUUCAUACAACUGCCCCUAAUGAUACCAGGGGUCAAAUAUUGCAAAAUAUAUGUGUAGCAUGAGAAGAGAUUUCUGGGGGAAACCAAGAAUACAUGAACUUGACCACAAGUAUUGAGGUUCAUAGGUCUGGUGGGAAAAAGAGAAUUUUAUAUAGACAUUAUUAAACCCUGAUAGGACACAAUGAGACCACCAUGAUGACCAUCUAAUGCAGAUAAAAGGUAAAGUAUCUCGCCAACACAUUUGGGGUGAAUUGUGAGAAACAUCAUAGAGAGUGGACUUAUCCCAUUAGAUGUCAAUAAUGAACCCAUGACAAUAUGUUGUUUGAUUUAGUCUAGAGUUGCUAUACCCAGCUGAACAUUCAGUUACAUAUCAUGAACUAAACCAAGCAAGGACUACUACACUCUCGGCUGAAGCUUAAAAGCGGAUAUUUCAGAGUCUCAUUUAAGCCUCAUCUUUCCCUUGGAGUUGAGCUACAAUCCCAAACAUCACAAGCAUCUUUCCUAUGUUCCUGACUGUUCCAUAAGUCAUGCAAGCAAAUUAGCUGCCAUCCAGACCAUUGGACGGCAAGGAGGGAUCACAAUUUUUUAGGGCUGUUUGGUCUGAGACCAAGAGAAAUGUAGUCUUGUGAUGUGUCCUAACCUGUACGAUCGUUUACAUAGAAAUUUUCCAAGAAUAUAUCAUGUGAUUUUUUUUAUUUUUUAUUAUUUAGUCUACAAAAGGAACCAAUGAUUUGAUAUGCGGCUUCAUUCAUGUACCAUCUGCGGCCGAAAGUCAUUCACACAUCUGCCCAAAUUGAGAUGCCUCUUAUCAUCAUUCUUUUUUCUGUAUUCUUCCCACUGACACUCUUUUACACACCUAUCUUUGCAGUUGUACCAGUGUCUUCAGAAACUACAAUAACAGAGUUUAUCUGGUGCAUAUAAUGGCCGUGUAUACCGUGUUGCCGCAUUAGUGGCAUAAAUGCAGGAUAUAAACAUGAUAAAUUACACUUUACCUACUGGAUGUAUAUGACUUUAAACCAUUAUCGAGUAGUUAAUAAAAACAUGUUUUACUGAUCUGAAUUCUACUCAUAGAAUGAGACGUGAAGUCAUUGAUAACACAUUUUAAUGUCACAUUAGUUAAUGUUUUACAUGUAGUCUUGUGCUUCCUCAUGAUAUGUUGCUCUAAACACCUUCCCCAGUGUUGUGGCCGGUGUCUGAAUGUUUGCAAACAGUGUACCGUUGCUAAGCUGUUUCGAACUUCUUUCUGCCCUUGAGUGAGUAUACCGGGGCCUUAAGAUUUAUUCUUUUGGGAACCACAUUACACUGGUCGCGCUGUGUGUUUUGCGUUGUAGAUUCAAAAGAACCGUCUCAUGAGAGUCAUUCGUUCAGGAAUCAGACUACACUGGUCUCCUGUUUGUUUUUUAUGAUGUAGAUUCAAGAGAACUUGCUCAUAAGAGUCAUUCAUUCGGGAAUCAGACUACACUGGUCUCCUGUGUGUUUUUUAUGAUGUAGAUUCAAAAGAACCGGCUCAUAAGAGUCAUUCGUUCAGGAAUCAGACUACACUGGUCUCCUGUGUGUUUUUUAUGAUGUAGAUUCAAAAGAACCGGCUCAUAAGAGUCAUUCGUUCAGGAAUCAGACUACACUGGUCUCCUGUGUGUUUUUUAUGAUGUAGAUUCAAAAGAACCGGCUCAUAAGAGUCAUUCGUUCAGGAAUCAGACUACACUGGUCUCCUGUGUGUUUUUUAUGAUGUAGAUUCAAAAGAACCGGCUCAUAAGAGUCAUUCGUUCAGGAAUCAGACUACACUGGUCUCCUGUUUGUUUUUUAUGAUGUAGAUUCAAGAGAACUUGCUCAUAAGAGUCAUUCAUUCGGGAAUCAGACUACACUGGUCUCCUGUGUGUUUUUUAUGAUGUAGAUUCAAAAGAACCAGCUCAUAAGAGUCAUUCGUUCAGGAAUCAGACUACACUGGUCUCCUGUGUGUUUUUUAUGAUGUAGAUUCAAAAGAACCGGCUCAUAAGAGUCAUUUGCUUGGGAAUCAGACACCACUGGUUACGCUGUGUGUUUUGCACUAUUGAUUCAGUAGCGCUGCCUUUAAAUAGUGCAGAAGGAAACACUCUCAGAGUAUUUUAGUACAGUGCAUUGGCAGAAAAAUGCACAUUGAAAAACCGUUAAAGGGUUAGUUCACCCAAAAAAAUGAACCCUAGCGACUGCCAAAAUGACCUGCUGAUUGCUGAUGAACUAGCUGUGAGCUAGUUAGGACAAAAACUAAAUCAAAACUGACCUAUGAUAGAUAUUCCUGGUCUUAUUGUGCACAAUUCAUUGCUGCAUGUUAUUCCAAAACAAACUAGUCUUAGUAAUCUUUCAUGAAAAUUGAAUGCCUUGAUCCGCCUCUGAAAUGACUUUCCUUUUCAGCUGGCAUCACCAAGCAACCCGUUCUCAACCCCCUCUCUUCCUGCCGCUUAUCAUAUAGAGAUCACUUUUCUCAAACUAUUUAAUUCCUAAUUGGUCAAAUCAAGUCAUGCCCUAGAUUUUUUUCUCUGUGAUUGUCCUGUUUCACUCAGAAAUGCUUAAUUAUGGAAUUAAAAUGGGUUGCAGAUGAGGGAAGCAGGAAGUAAUCGCGUUCACAAUAAAUGAUUAGCACGGUUCAGGGGUUGCAUUUUCCCUCUGACAUUACAUUUUUACAUUACUGAUGGUUAAGUUUAGGGUCGGGUUUGGGUUAGGGUGCAUGGUUAAUAAAAUGUGCAUUUCUGUUGACUGUAUUAUAUCAUUUACAUCUAAAACAACUCGCUGUCACUCAUGUCACCUCAUAUUGCCAAAUCUCAUUGAAAAUUAAUGACUUUCGGUCGCUUUGUCAAUGCAAAUCACUGUCAGUGUGAACAGCCCUUACAUUUAUUGCUUGACACUAUCACGUUGCAUCUGGUUAGGACAUAGUUAGUGUUCAGCUGGGAACAGAGACAAGGGAAAGGGGUCUUCUCAUAUUAUCAAGGCAUGAGCAGGGUCUCUCUGGCAUGAAUGAGUGAGACCCAGUUUUAUGGGGCAGAGUGCCUUACUGGCAGGACAAAAAGCAGUAUGAAAUAUGCAUUCUACAUUAAAUAAUGUAAACAUCUUUUGAUUGCACCAUUGAGUAAAACAAACAACGGUGAAAAAAAUGUGAAAAUGUUUUGUUAGAAUCAACUUUGUGAACAUGUAUAGAGAUCAAGAAUAGGUGAAAAAAAAUGUAUUCUUCAAGCAGUUCUUAAAGCAGUAAUAAGGAAACUAAGGAGAGAAUACAUCAAGAUUUGUCUUGUUGCGAACAGUUUUUUGUCCAUACCUCUGUCAUUCUGACCUUUCCAUUUGAUGGAGGCUUUUGCAUUCCAUGCAAUGAUAGUGAUCAACAGAAACAUUUACAAUGGAUGAAUCUCAAGAGAGUAUUUUAUGCCAUGCAGUGUUUUAGCCUCUUUUUGUAUUCAUUUAAUAGUGAAAUCGACUUAUGCUGCUCUCCAACUAUCAUUUUGAUACCUGUGCCAAUGGAAUUGUUUUUGAGGUAUGUGGAAUGUAAUUCCUGAUGAGAUUUUCAAGCAGUUUUAGUGAACCACAGAAAAUGUUAAAGAUAUAUACAGAGCUGCAUUGAAAAACGUUGCAUAUCAAUUCGAGCUUAUCACAUUCCUACUUCCUAUACCACAAAAAUCAUUUUCUUAAUUAGCAUUUCUUUUUUGUUUUCCAGUAAAAAUAUCUUAUAACAAUAUCUUCAAUUAAGUUUAUUUGUCUUACCCUAUUGGCAAAUCAGUUUUUAAGCAUUUAUGCAUUCAUACAAAAAAGAAGCUGUUUGCCAAUGAGAUAAUAAAAAACAAACUAUUUCAAGGUAUAUUAUCUGAAACCAAGUGCUGUUAUCUUGGACAAUUUUGCUUCUUGAGUAAAUGCAUAUUGUUUUAAUGUUGUUUAGAUAUUUUAUUGGAGAACAAAAUAAAUAAAAAAUAAGAAAAAAGAUUUUUGGCUGUAAAAAUACAAGAUAGUAUUGUACUAAUGUGUGCCACAAUAAAAUACCCUGUUCAUAUCACCCUGAUGGUUUUCUACCUAGCACAUCAUAUUUGUACUCUCCAUUGAUUCAGUCAUUGGGUUCAGUGUGCUAGAUAAACUGCUGUUUACAUGGAGAGACAUACAGAGAGACAGUGAAGGAAAAUGUGGAUGCAUUUAGUGCACAGCUCAUAGCUUUUACUGUUUGAAGCUGUACCCUGCCUGCUGUGAAAAAUGAAAAAGAAAAAGGCAAAAAAAACAAAAAACACACAUUUUAUAUUAUUGAGGAAAAUAUUGAAUCUGUGAAAGAUGGCACAUACAGGGGCCCAUUCAGAUCAAUAUUACUGUCUAGUGUUAGAUGUGUAUUUACCUUGUACAGCUGUACUCCUAUAAAUAUGGUUUAAUGUAUUAUUGAUAGUUUCAAAGACUAAGUGAUCAAAUAUUUUUAUGAAAUGCAACAGUAUGGAUAUAAUAAAUUUUGCUAAAAUCUUGUUUACCUGUAUGAUAUUCUGAUAUACUGUUAAAUAAACUCUUGACAAGG